CCUUCCAAUAUUCUCGAGACUCAUUCACGAUCACUUCCUACUUUGAGAUUCAUGAAUUCAACCAGUAGGAGGGGUCGAGAUGCCGCAGCUGUAUCAUGUCUCUCAGAACCAAUACAGUGUAUUUGAAAAUCUCAAGACUUUCUGCCAGCAUAGUUGGCACCUUAGGGUUCUCUUUGACUACAGAGAGCACAGGAAAGGUCAUUACAAGAUUAAUGCCAGUCAGGAUGUUCUCCCUUGUCAUCCCUUGAUAUACCUUUUAGUAAGCUGUCUGUGGGAAGAAAACUUGAGAUAUCUUGACAAGGAAAUCAAGCGGAUCAGUUUUAGGGAGAUCCGGAAUCCUAAACUGGAGAUCAACUCGGAGUUGCAUGACAGACGAGAAGACCUUGCCCACAUCAAGGCAGGAUUAAUUGAGACGGAAAUGUAUAUUCCGGCAACAGUGAAGGAGUAUUUUGCAACACAUCCACUGUGGACUUCGUCGUCACGAAUCCGAAUCGACAACUGGAAACGCCUGAUCGAGGAAGCUACGAAGCUCGAAGCUUUCCUAAUGGAGACAUUCCAGCUAUUCAUGAGCUCUGUCAGCGUACAAGACAGUCGAUUGAGCAUCGAACAGUCUAGUCUGAGCAUCGAUCAAGCCCGGCGAGGGAGUCAGCUCACGUUUCUGGCAUUUAUUUAUGUGCCUCUGUCAUUCGUCACGGGUAUAUUUGGGAUGAAUAUUCAACAGAUCAACGGUUCUGGUCUGAAUAUCUGGGUCUGUUUUGUUGCGCUUGUACCUGUAAUAUUUGUGACUUUACUGGUAUUUUUGGCGGUCAAGCUUUAUGGGAGUCGGAAGGGCGCAAGGAAAAAGCUAGCAUACGAUACAGAGGUCUAGAACUCUUCUAUAUCUAGAAAAUGCUGCUUGUUCAUCGGUAAAUCAUCACGGAUCAAAGGUAAUAUAGUCAAUUGACCGAGACCGCUGUGUUACCAGAGAAGGAUAAUUUGAGGAAAGAAGAGACGCGGAGGCCCUACAGUACUGUAGCGACUAUAAAUCCUUGGGCAGAAAUCUAGGCACGCGCCUCCGGUUAGUCGUGAUACACCGAAAUCCGGACCGAAAAUCAAUGUUUGUAUAUUA